CCAAUCGCAGCGCAUCGAGGGCGGAGCUUGACGGAAUACAGGCGGCAAAACAACAAUCGGACCUUAAAGAGGUGGAGAGGCGACGUAACAGAAAGGAAAGCGAAACCUGAUAAGAUGAGUUAACAGCCGUAAAGUAAGUAUUAAAGUUAAGCUGUUUGGCGCAGAGAUAUUCAUUCUGGUCAGCCUGAGGAGCAACGUUGGACUGAUCAGCCAUUCCACGUGAGCACAUGUGUUUGGUCUGAAGAACCUCUUUUCUGCUCCAGAGAGAAGUACGCUUGUCUACAUCUGGUGAAGAACUGAACUGAGAACUUACCAGAGUGUCCAGCAGCUUUGAAUGUCCAUCCAAUGGAUUCCACAACCGGAGAGCGACUCCAGGCGCGACUGCAAGGGUACAUCUUGGAAACACUUGAAGACAUCAAAACAGUGAGAAGUUUCUGUGACAAAGAACCAAAAUGGACCCUUCAGAGGGAGACAGAGCUGGAUAUGAUGAGAGACAUCAAAGACCGGGCAGAUCAGAUCUCUCUACAGUUUGACCAUGUGAAGAAGGCAGAGAACAAGGCCAAGGCUUUUGGGGAGUACCUGUGGAGUGGUCUGACCCAGGUGACAGCAGACUCCAAAAGGGAAGAAUUGGAGAAGGAGCUGGGGGAAGUUCUGAAGAACACUCUGGAGGGGCUGGAGAAACUUCAGCACUUCCUGGACGCAGUGGAAAGGCUAGCGGUCACCUCGCUGUUCGUGUUCAUGGGCGAGAGCUUCCUGCCGAAGGGGGUGAGCGACGCAGCUGUGCGAUCAGUGAUCACAACAGCCAGAAUCGUGUCACCGCUUCUCAUCCACUUCAAGAGAGAUGCAGGAGCUUUCUUCUUACCCAGCCUCCAUAACGUGGACGUCCUGGCCUUCCAGCUGGACAAAUACAUCCGCAUCACACAACAGCUCUGCAUGAGAAUGGAGAAAAAAUCCAUGAGCGUAUCGUGUUCUGGAGGUAUUUAUGAAUGGAAAAAUGGCAGCUCUUCACUGAAGUUGAACAUGAGUGAGGACUCACUGCAGAAGCUGGAUGAUCACCUGAGCCAGUUAAUCAUAAUCCGGAUGGACGAGUCAUUCAGGCUGACGUUUCUGUUUAACUGGGAUGCGCUGCACUUCAUUGGUUUAUUCAAUCAGCGUCAGUCCAGAAUGUUCCAGUUCCUAUCAGAUCUAGAAGAGGCUGCAGUCCAGCUGGAUAGGAUGAAGAUGGGUUCCAACAUCUCCACUGUGGCAGGCAGUUCAGUGGGCAUUGCUGGAGGUGUCUUGUCCAUCGUAGGCCUGGCUCUCGCCCCCGUAACUGCAGGAGUAUCCCUGGCCCUCACGCUCACCGGGGUUGGGUUGGGGGUCACCAGUGGAGUCAACGGCUUAGUCACAGGCAUCACUGAAAUGGCAGUCAACAAGCAUCAUGGGAAAAACGCCAACAACAUCUUCCAGAAGUUCAUGGAAGAUGUGGAGAAGAUUCUAGAUUGCAUGGAACAAGUGGCCAGCAGUGAAGGUCCUGCAGUAGACCCUCAAGUAAUGGCAUCAGUUAUGGAGGAUCUUAAGAGUGAGGAAGUAGCGAGGGCUGCAGUCAAUAUGGGCCUUCAGGAAGUUAGAGCAGCUCGGAACAUCCCUAAUCUUGUUGCAGACCUGCCUGACAUCGGGCAGGUGGCUAAGGGCGCUCCUCUGGCCCUUUCGAAAUCAGCUAGAGCCGGGUUGAUCACUCUAAACGCAUUAUUCAUUGGUCUAGAUGUUCUGUUCAUCUGCAAAGAUGGCAUUAGCCUAGCCAAAGGAAGCAAGAACCAAGUCUCUGAGCUCAUCCGAUGCAGGUCACGUCUCUGGCACUCAGAGUUGGAAGCGUGGAGAAAGAUCAGUGACUGUCUGUGCAGAGGAAUAUGGAAGUUCAGAAAGAGCCACCGAAUUCUGGAGCAACCAUUUCAUCCUUAAAGAAGUAAAUCAACCAGAACUGCUUUCACUGAAAUGAUUAUGUUGGUUUGCUUUAAGUAAUAAUCUCAUUACGUUAAUCUCAUUCAGUCUGGGAAUCAGUUUAGCUAACAGAGACCAGUUUGUAUGAUGCUCUACACAUAUUACAAUCGAUUUUUGAGAAAUCUUCUUAAAAAUCUCACUCUUCUUUAUAUCCUAGUGGUUGUUCUCUGCACAACUGAAAUGAUUUUCUUCUUGGAAGAAAUGGACAUCAAUUAUGUUCAAGGACAUUAGCAUUAACAUUGUUAACACUGGCUGAGAU